AUGGAAGAAAUCAAUCUUGAUUGUCUUGUUCUUAUCUUUAAUAUAUUAAAAUAUGAUAAGAAGUCUUUAUAUUUUUGUCUUUUAGUUAAUAAAAAGUGGUGUGACAUUGUGGUUCCGAUCUUAUGGAAGAAAUAUUGCCCACAUGAAAUAAAUGAAAAACUUUGCAAUGUUAUACUUUCUUUCUUACCAUCCUCUUCAAAAAAACUUUUAUCAGAUAAUAAUAUUAAAUUACCUUCAACACUCUUAAAAUUUCCAUUAUUUAAUUAUAUCAGUUUUUGCAGAUAUAUAUCCUCUAAUAAUAUGAGCAAAAUCAUUGAUAUAGUGUUAAAGAACCUUUGUAAUGAUCAUAGAAGAAAUCUUAUGGAGCAAGAAAUUUACAAGUUAUUUAUUAGUCAAUGUAAAAAUAUUGAAUAUUUAUCUUGGAAAACGCGUCAGCCUUUAACUUUAUUUCCAGGAGCAUCAAUUUUAUUCUCGCAGCUCCAUAAGUUAAGUAUUGAUAUUGAUUAUGUGAAUUCUGAUGCUCUUUAUGACCUGGCACAAAUUUGUAAAGAUUUAAAUACUUUAUCUAUCAGAAGUUGUUCUCAUUAUAUUCCUGAUUUAUUUUACUUGAUUGAUGCUCAGAGGAAUUUAAAAGAGCUAAAUCUUUAUACUGAGGUCGAUGAAAAGACUGGCAAAGAGCUAAGCAAAGCAUUAGCAAGAAAUAGAACUACUAUAAAUAAUCUUUAUCUAAGCUCAAUUGAUAAUAUUGUACUUUCAUCUUUAACAACACUUGUAAAUCUAAAAAAGUUAACAAUUUUUCAUUGGGAAAAUUAUAAAAAAAUUCAACAAUAUCUUACAAUUUAUGAAUUUCCAAACCUUCAACAACUAACAUUAAUGUAUGGUCAUUUAUCUAGCUUUAAAGAGAUUUCUUUAUUAAUUGAAAAAACUAUAGGAAAUAUUUCGGAAAUUUACAUUGAUACUACCAAUAAAACUGCUAAAGAAACAGGAAUUCUAAUUAAAGCAAUUGCUGAUAAUUGCCCAAAGAUUAAUUAUUUACAUACAUAUAUUGAACCUAAAGAUUUUAUUCAUAUAAAAUCAUUAUUAUUAAAUUGUAGAUCUUUAAGUACAAUAGGUUUAAAAAGUUUAGAAUUUUUUAUAAAUAAAAAUGAUAAUAAUAUAGGAGACGAAUUAUUAAAUAUUUUUACCUUAUUUUCUCCAAAAUCUUUAAAUGAGAUAGUUAUUAGUGGAUUAUGGAAGUAUUCAAGUUACGCUUUUACCAGAUUUUUUGAAAGUUUUAGAGAACAUCCUUUGUAUUAUUUUGGUUUUAUUGAUAGUGAUAAUUAUAUUACAAAUGAUCAUAAAAUUAUAAUUAGAAAAUAUAUUAAUGAAGGAGUGGUGAAAAGUACAGAUACUAUUUGA